UUCAAACCGAGCAGCCGCCGAUCCGCUCAGAAACAGUAAACAAAGAGAAUACAAAUUUUAAACAUUCUAAAUUUUUCGUGUCUUCCAAUUAUUAAAAUUUUUGAACAUUAGUAACCCCAUUGUUAUCAUUGGAAGAAGCCAAUACAUAAAUGGAAGGGGAAGACGCAAUUAUUCUCGAACCACGAAGUCGAUUCUGCCAUUCAUGUCGGCAGCUUAUUUGGGGGACAAGUUGUUGUGGGCGUGUCACCCCUGAAGGUGAUGCCGAUAUGUGGCAACAGUAUUCCGUCUUGCCUUAUCUCGAAGAUCAAAAGUAUACUUUCGGAAGUAAGUACACCUCGAGGGAGGAACAAGGCGAGUUCAUUUUUGUACGAACUACCAAAAAUCCUGGGAAUCUGGCCGAAAUUACCUGCUCAGGUGGAAAUUACUGGAUAACACCGGCCAGCAAAAGAGUUGUUUUGGUCAAUGAUGACCGGUUGAAGAAAAACUGUCGCACGAGACUCAACUAUGGCGAUAAGAUAGCUUUACUGGGCAAAGUUCGACCGAGACGUGGGCUUAAUGGAGAGCUUAAACACGAAUCGCUUAAUGGAUUCUUCCUGUUUAAAGAAGGGCGUCGUGCCAUCGAACGACAAGAUAGAGAAGAUCCAAACAUUCCAGAUAACGAGGAAAAGGUCGCCUUCACACCAGGACAAAAUUAUCUCGUCUUAUCCCACAUUUUUUCUUACCUUCCCUUCGACACUCUGAAAGAGGCACGAUUAGUAUGCAGCCUAUGGGACGAGGAAGCUUCUCGAAUUCUAAAGAACAAAUCCACCAUUAUCAUGAGCUUUUAUUUUCAAGACAAUUAUGAGGACCCAAUGGGAUCGAUGAGGUUGCUUCGAUACGUUAAAGAAAUGGAAAACCUGCAACCUACCAGCCUGACCUUGCAUCUCCCGACUGUCACACCAGCAAAUUAUCCAACGUCAAAAGGAGAACAAUUAGUAAUGAAACUUGUCGACGAUCUAAACUGGUUCCUACGACUGGAUCGAUGUCGUCACAUCACCCGGUUGAAUUUGGGUGGAAGAAUCUUUUUAGGAUCCGAUUAUAAAAUACAUCUCGAUAUUCUCGUUAAACUCCAAUCAACCCUUUGUGACCUAGAGUUAUCUUGGCAUCUCCACUUAAGAGAUGAAUCCAGUGACGACUACGCAUUUCCAACGGAGGACCUCCAUCUUGACAAGCUCGCAGUAUUUACCGUCUCCAUUGCCACGUGCCGCGAAGGAGCCGCUAACCAGGCGAUUAUCUUAUCCUCCUGGGCGGCAGCAGUUCAGCGCGUAAAAACUAUACAACUCAAUUACGAUGUUCGGCACCAAUACAAAUUCGUCAACUGUUUGCUACAGUACGAACAGCCCUUUCCACAAUUGGAGGCUUUUACUAUAACGACAUGGACACGUCCAAGCGUUCUGAACUUACUCUUGAAGUUAACGAAUCCCUUGAAGACGUUGAAACUGAACAGAUUGCGAUGUUUUGAACGACGAGAGGAUUUCAUCAACUUUGAAAACUUACUCCAGAAGCAUGCCGGUACAUUGGAAGAGUUGGGGUUCAUUUAUGACGUCCCCUACCAAGACGAAGUAGACAUCGAAGUAGAAAGUUGGACCACUCUCCACCUCCCGGUUCUUCCUCGGCUGAAAACUCUUUCCGUCGGGUGGAAUGCAUUUGGCCAUCUGAAAAUUGGUUUCCCUUCUGGGCAAGAUAACAACGAUGUCCUCGACUACGAGAGACACCUUCCCAGACUUGAUGCCCUCUCGCUAUCCAUGUUCCCCUCAAGCCACCCGUUCACUGAUUCAUGGGAAGGUCAACAAGACAAAUUAGACAUUUUUUUCCCCACACGUGACAGAAAUGGUGCGCCAAUUGAGACGAGAUGCGUCACGUUGAGGAAACUUGAACCACGUAUCUACGUCCCGUGUGCGGGACGUCCUUGGUCCAAAAUCGAGUUCCCUUCCGACCUCCCACUCACUGACAUGUUCCCAAAUGUGUGGAAUAAUUGGAUGACAAGGCGAAGGAACGAGGAGUCAUAAGCAGAAGAAUCGUUAUCAGCGACCAGUGGCGACAUGGAAGAAAACUCUGACAUUACAAACACACUGACAUUACCAAAUUACUAAAUUAAAAAUGAUGAACUUCAAUUUACUUACAGACUACAGACUCAAGGUAUGCUUGCACCAUUUGUUUUUUAGUUUAAACGUAAACUAUCGUGUUUUUAUUUGUAUCUCAAAUUUUCUUUGCUACCAGGGCAGGGUCAUGAUUUUUAUGUUGCUCAUUCAAUAUGUAGUGUAUUUUGACCUUGAUUAGAUGGAUUAAUAAAGAUGAGUGUUCAAUAAUUUA